UUCGGCAAAAAAUGUCAAGUGUAAAGUGUUCGAGGAGAGGUUAUAAAUCUGAAUUUUUGACAAAGUUUCUGAGUGUUCAUUUGGUGUAUUUCUUUGUAUAAUUAAAAGAAACAAAAUGGGCAAGAAGAAUAAAGGUACAUAUCUCGGUCGAACUUUAAUAAAAGAUCGUUUCGGACCCAGAAAAAUCAGAAGAGAUGACGAUUCGAUGCUACAUACCGCAGACAUCAAUGAUGGAUACGACUGGGGUCGUCUCAAUCUCCAAUCAGUAACCGAAGAAAGUUCUUUCCAAGAAUUUCUUUCAACGGCCGAGCUCGCUGGCACCGAAUUCCAUGCCGAGAAGUUGAAUAUCAAGUUCGUCAAUCCAAAAAGCGGAAUAGGUCUCCUCUCCAAGGAAGAACGAGAAAAGGUUUUAGAAUCUCACGAAAAGAACAGAAUCCUGCUAAAAAUACCUAGAAGACCAACAUGGAACGAAUCGACCACAGCUCAAGAAUUGCAGUCCAGGGAGAAAGAAGAAUUUCUGGAAUGGAGGCGAGGUUUGGUUCAGCUUCAAGAAUCGCAGGAUUUAAUGCUCACGCCCUACGAAAAAAAUCUAGAAUUCUGGAGACAACUUUGGCGUGUGAUAGAAAGAAGUGAUGUCGUCGUGCAAAUCGUGGAUGCUCGUAAUCCUCUUAUAUUUCGGUGCGAUGACUUGGAGAAGUACGUCAAGGAAGUCAAUCCCGAAAAGAUGAACGUGAUCCUAAUUAAUAAAGCUGAUUUUCUUACCGAUAAACAAAGACAGAUUUGGGCUGAUUAUUUCUCAAAUAUCGGCAUUCGUGUUGCUUUCUUUUCUGCCACAUUAGCAGCAGAAAAAGAAUCGAUUGAAGAGGAAUCUGAGGAGUGCCUGGAAAGCGAUAACGAGAGCGAGAGUUCAGAUGAAAGUGAAAAUGAAAGGGAAAACGAAAGCGAUAAUGAAUCAGAGUACACAUCCGAUUUUGCAGUCGAAUCCGUUUACGAAAGUGCAGAAUCGUCGCCAGAAUUAAACGAAAGUCCAUGUCCAACGCCAGAGUUAAUCAAAAGUCCAGAAUCAUUGUCAGAAUUGAAGUCUUCAGAGGGAGAAGGUCCGGAAAUAAAUGAAAAUUUCACUAAUUCUCCAGAAUUAUUGAACCGAGAUGAACUCAUUUCACUCUUCAAAACGAUUUACAGAGGAAAAACCUACACGGAAGGAGUCACAACGAUCGGAUUAGUUGGAUAUCCAAACGUUGGAAAGAGUUCUACCAUAAACGCGCUUUUAAUGAGCAAAAAAGUCUCCGUAUCAGCCACUCCAGGCAAAACGAAGCACUUCCAGACUCUUUUCGUGGAUAAGGAUUUACUACUCUGCGAUUGUCCGGGACUCGUGAUGCCCAGUUUCGUUUGCACAAAAGCGGAGAUGAUUUUAAAUGGAAUUUUACCGAUCGAUCAGAUGAGAGAUCAAGUUCCACCCGUCACUUUAUUAGGAACUUUGAUUCCAAGGCAUGUUAUUGAGGACACAUAUGGUAUCAUGAUCCCCUUGCCGAUUGAGGGAGAAGAUCCUGAUCGUCCACCCACUGCUGAGGAGAUUUUAAACUCCUACGGAUACAACCGAGGUUUUAUGACGAAUAACGGACAGCCUGAUAAUCCGCGUUCAGCACGUUACCUUCUGAAAGACUAUGUAAACGGAAAACUCUUAUACUGUGUAGCUCCUCCAACUCUAUCCCAGGAAGAAUUUCAUGAAUUUCCUCAGAGGAAAAAAGCUUUUUCGGUUAAUAAGCAACUGCCCCAAGCGACCGUAAGAGCCACAAGGGGACUUAAAACCACGACUGAAGAUAUAGACAAGGUUUUCUUCCAAAACCGAGCAACAGGCGUUCAUGUUCGAGGACUUUCUCAAGGAAUGCACCUCGCCAAUAAUUACGAAAAUAAUCUAUGUUUCAGCGACCUGGGAUCAAUCCACAGUUUGGAUAAGCCAUGGAAGAAAAUUAAUAAACAUUCUAACAAGAAGAAACGCGAGAAGUCGAGACGAUUGUACGCUCACCUUGAUCAACAUUAAGUUGAUGCGUCUGUUAUCUCUCGACCCUCUACA